CCUGCGUGCUGCCGCGGCGAGAAGCGUGAACUUGAACGCAGCCGACACUUGGAAUCCAGACAAACGGACUGAUCGGGAUCACCGCCGCUCUGCUUUCGGACAGUUUUACCGGAGAAGCAGCAGCUGGACGGAUUCGGUUCGGGAGCUGCUGUUUGGGGCCAUAAAGGUGCCAAACGCUGAACGCUUGACGCAAUGUCCAGACGCAAACUUGGAAGCCGGCCGCAGCACCUGAGUGCACUUCAAGAUGCUGUUGAUACGACGGAUGGUACCUCCCUGUCUGAGGAGCCGCCUUCCGCUCCACAGGUCAGAGUGUGUGAUGAGGGUCACGACCUCCUGACCUGUGGCCAGUGCAGCCAGGCCUUCCCACUCGCCCACAUCCUGGCAUUCAUCCAACACAAACAGGGAGAUUGUCGUCCCCAAAACCCACCUCCUGAUGCCAGCACGCCUCCUUCACCUGCCACCCAAGCACAACACCGUGCUGCCAACGCCGAGUUAGUGGCAGGUUUCAUCGAGCUGAGGCGAACGGGAGCCAGAGAGAGGGCUUGGGGGGAGGAGCAUUGUGUGAAGGUGAAGGCGGAGCCAAGCAAAACAGUGAGUGAGGAACCCUCCUGUUUCACCUGCCAGCAGUGUGAAGGUGUGUUUCCAACUGCGUGGUCUCUCCUGCAACACGCCCAGCACAUGCACUCCUUCAGCAUCUACCAGGAGGAUGAGGAGGAGACGGCGGAUAUGAGAGGAGGUGGAAGAGGAUGUUUUACAGAACACAAACCUGCCACUGCCACUCUGGACCCACGCCACCUGAGCCAAGCACUCACCUCUGCUUUUAAGCCAUCCGCUCUUCGCAUCGCUCGCUUGCGCCAGGAACCCUCUGCCGCAACCUCCUCUGGCCACACACAGGCUCUGAACUUCUCGGUACCACUCCACGAGCUCACCGUAGGGAGUAAUGCCGCCUCCACCUCCCCUCUAGGACUGGUGCUGUCUCCGUCGUCUUCUCCACCAGCUGCUUCCCCAUUUCCUCAGGUUGGGUCCCUCCAGUUCCUCUGUGAGUUGUGUGACCAGAGCUUCCAGUCGUUGCGUGCCCUCUCUGCCCAUCGCAGGACUCACGCUUGCGAGAGGCCAUUUCACUGCGGCAUGUGCGGGGAAGCCUUUGCCCAGAGUGGCCAACUGGCCCGGCACAUACGGAGCCAUCACAGGGAGGCUGGAGGAGGAAGCGCAUGCGAUUCGGUGGAAAUGGCUAUGGUUGUGAUGGAGGAAGGGGCAGGGAGGCAGGGGGUGAGAGGGAGGUUUCCACUGCAGCAAGGUGGAAUCAUGGGAAAAGGAAGGGUUGGUCCUGGAAUAGAAUUGAGGACCCAAGGACCUUCAGAGAUAGACCUAAGCUCAUCCACACACCUGUCUGUAGGCUCAGACCUGCUGCUGUUGAACUCACAGGGCAGACAGUCAGACAGGGAGCUGCUCAGACUGUACCAGCACCAGAGAGAGGGAGGAGAGGAGGAGGCAGAAGGACAAGGGGAGCCCCGGCACUCCUCUCCCUGUGCCAGUCCAUCUGAAGGCUCGCUGGAGAGCGGAGAGACGGGGGGAAGCGGUGAGAGCGGCAUCGCUAGCGGCAACUGCACACCCAAACGUCCAGAGACUGGAGAGAGAGCGCGAGGAGCGGCGGAAUGGGAGAGUGAGCGUGGAGAGAUUAUAGAGAGGGAGACCGAAUGGAGCUCAGCCAAAGUUAGCGAGGUUGUGCAGGAGUGGCAGAGAGAGAAUGAGCGGAGGAGUGUCGGAGGAGGCGGGAGCAGUGGAGGAAAUGGUCACAGCGCUGCUCCGGUUUCAUCAGGGAAAAAGAAGAAAGAUGAGGCCUGUGAGUUCUGUGGCAAACAAUUCCGUAACAGCAGUAACCUGACUGUGCACCGCCGCAGCCACACCGGCGAGCGGCCUUACAGGUGUGGUCUGUGCAGCUACGCCUGCGCUCAGAGCUCCAAGCUAACACGGCACAUGAAGACCCACGGCACACAAGGAUCCAAACCUCCCUUUGUGUGCCAGUUGUGUGCAGUGCCCUUCACAGUCUAUGCCACACUGGAGAAGCACCUAAAGAAAGUUCACAGCCUGAGCCACGCCAGUGUUGGCGCCUACACACAGAGCAGCACGGCCGCCAUCAAGGCUGAAGAGGAGACGGUAACGGUGAAGAUGGAGGAGGAGGAAGCCUGCGUGGAUCAGCUCGACGUGCGGAGAGAUGAGGGGAGCCAAGCAGACAUCGGAGGGAACGCCGGGCGGGUAGCCGUAGUGGCUCAUCUCCCACCAGGGGGUGGUAUAGAAGCGGACUUAAGUUUGUCUUCUACUCUAUAGUGACCUGCACUCCUUCACCGAUCAAUAAUGUGGUCUCAUCGGUCAGGUCGUUUUGAAUUUAACACUCUAUAACACAGCGCACAGUCUGCAGAUAGCAACUGUCAGUCACUUACUCAGCACGGAGGCGCGCGCUCUGCAGCAGACAGCCGUGGUGUUUGUGAUUACACGCAAAACUGCCUGUUGAAUCAAAGUGCCUACAGACUUUAGACCACAGAAAUAAAAAA